AUGAUUUUUAGAUUGCUCCAGAUAGCACGAGCAGAAGAGUUUCAUCUGUGGAGUGGCCUAGGAGACGCAGCCAUAAAAAUGGAGACGUCUAGAGGAUCAAAUGCCAGCAUAGUUAAGCCGCACCAGGCCACCAGAUUCACAAAUGAUGGUGGUGACGAUGCAGUUCACAUUUACAACAACAAGAAGUUUGUUAUGGACCAUGCAAUGUCGAGUCACACGCUCUUGACGUGGUCUGAGAAGAGUUCAACCAUACAAAACCAGAGAUUUGAUUUUCAGGAGACCUGGAACCAAGGCAAGAAGUAUUUCAAACUGGAACAGAAUGGUAGAUGCGCCACACUUGAUAAAGGAAGCAACAAAGUGAAGAUGGAAACGUGUUCUAGCUCCUAUCACCAGGUAUUUACGAAAGACUACAGAAAAGUGAAGGGGUUUGAGUUGUACACGAGGGUAGGUGGAUUUGGAAUAAAGGCGGAGAUAAAGCCACAUGCGAAAGUAGAAAUGGUGAAAGGAGGGGGACAGAAGGUUUUCUACGACAAAAAUGACAGGAGAUUUGGACUUGCUGAUGCCACCAACCUGGUUUUGGAUAUGGCUGGUUCCAGUGGUAAAGUUCAGGUACUUUACGAUAAACCAGGUGAAAGUCACCAGAAUGUCGAAUUUAAGAAACGAGGACACGGUUACAUCGUGAAAGUCAAUGGGAAGUGUCUUGAAGCAGACAAGCAUAAGAUGGAAUUCGUAUUGAAUACGUGUAAAAGAUCAAGAAGUCAGAUGUUUGUGACAAGUGAUAAGGAAACAGGUGAUUCAGACAGUGACUCCGAAAGUAGUAGCAAGAGCAAGUCAUCAAGUAGCAGCAGUAGUAGUAGCAAAACAACAGAAUUGGAUGCAAUGAAUUAUCAGGUCAAACAAUACAAGAAGUUAAUGAGGCGUAACGAUAAAGCACUAAGAAAUCUAAAGAAGAGACAUCGUGGAUUUGGAGGCGAUUCCAGCAACAGUUCAGAUUGCAGUGAUUCAGGCUACAAGCAUCGUAGAGGAAGACGCAGUCAUAGGCCACGAAGGAGAGGAAGAUACAGUCGAGGCAGUUCAUCUGAGAGCUACAGCUGCUUUGAUACGAUGCGAAAUGGUGGAUUUGGUGGAGAUGUUGGAAAUGGACCACUUUAUAGGGGAUCACACGGAUUAAGGGCAUUUGACAGCUGUUCAAGCAGCAGCUCAAAUUCCGGAUAUUUUAGAAGAUUCUUCCACUGA